AAAAAAAAGAGGUGAUAAAAAAAUCCCGGAAUAAAUAUCGCACCACCAUCUCCGGUCACAAUUCACAGCACAAAACGCCGCCGCCCAAAGAAAGCCGUCGAGUUGAGGAGAAAGGAGAGACGGUCGGAGAAGAGACAGAUGGGAUUCGAGAAGCAGAUUCUGAGAGCCGGCACCGGCCCCAAGCCCGUCAAGGCCCAGAAGGUCACCGUCCACUGCACCGGCUACGGGAAGGAUCGUGAUUUAUCCAAGAAGUUUUGGAGCACUAAGGACCCUGGGCAGCAACCAUUCAGUUUCAACAUUGGUCUGGGUUCAGUGAUCAAAGGAUGGGAUGAGGGAGUUAUGACCAUGCAAGUGGGUGAAGUUGCUCGUAUCCAGUGCACCCCGGAUUAUGCUUAUGGAGCCGGCGGGUUUCCAGCCUGGGGAAUCCAACCAAACUCAGUGCUGGUGUUCGAGAUUGAAGUCCUCAGUGCCCAGUAAUUCGCUGUGUGAUUCUGGAUGGAGCUACGGAGCAUUUGCUAUGCGUAUUUAAGUCCUGAAACAAUCGCAUUGUCACUUCAUGCUACAUACAGUAUAAUGGUGUUUUAAGUGGAUCCUGUGAAACUUUGAUACACUGUGAUCGUGAUAUCGAAUUUUUGGACUUCCUUGUGGCAC